AUGAGGAAGUCCACUCUUAUUACUAUGGAAGAAGUACAACAGGGCAGCAAUGGCUCUGAAUCACAGGCUGCAACCAUUCCUACUACCAUCACAACCUCUCAGUUCUCACAGAUAGCCCAUCAGAUGUCACUGGGUGGUUCUUCUGUGGCUGUUGUGCAACUACCGGGGGGUCAGUUUCAGGUUCAAGGAGUGAUCCAGUCUGCACAGUCAUCAGUCAUUCAGUCCCCUCAGGUUCAGGCUGUACAGGCCCAGGUUACAGAUAGUGAAGAUUCUCAGGACUCAUCAGACAGUGGAGCAACAACCCAAAAGACCAGAGAAAUACUGGCAAGACGGCCCUCGUACAGAAAAAUUCUAAAUGAGCUUUCCUCUGAGGAAGUGACUCAUAUGGAAGGGAAAGAUAACAGCCCAGCCUCCACAGGAGUAACAGGUGUUACAGUACCAACCACCCAAAUCUACCAAACCAGCAGCGGCCAGUACAUUACUAUUGCGGCCAAUGGCACCAUCCAGCUUGCAACUCCAGGGUCGGAAGGAAUUCAGGGAUUACAGGCUGUCACCAUGGCCAACUCUGGUGGAGCUCAGACAGGCCCCACCAUCCUUCAGUAUGCUCAGACGCCCGAUGGCCAGCAAAUACUGGUGCCUAGCAAUCAGGUCGUUGUUCAAGGUGCAGGAGGAGAGGUGCAAACGUACCAGAUCCGCACAGCCCCCUCAUCUGCCUCCAUUCCUCAGACUGUUGUUAUGACUUCUCCUGUAGGGCUGUCCCAGAGUAAGACUGAUGACCCUACACUGAAGAGAGAGAUCAGGCUUGCAAAAAACAGAGAGGCAGCUCGUGAAUGUCGACGGAAAAAAAAAGAAUAUGUCAAAUGUCUCGAAAACCGUGUUGCUGUUCUUGAGAACCAGAACAAGACACUGAUUGAGGAACUGAAAACAUUAAAGGAUCUUUACUCCGUGAAAACAGGAUAA